UUGCUGACAGUUGAGAUGAUCGUUCUUAGGCGCUUUGUCGAGUGAUGAGCAUUCUUUGCGCAGCUUGCAAUUCUGUUCUCGACGGUAAUUGGUUUCACCGGGCGGAGCCCCCAUAGGCGAACUCGCAUACGGGGUGCUCGUAUUAGAACCUCCAAAAACGCGAACCUUGGAUGAGUCCGCCGGGACUCUUGUUCAGCGAGUGAAACAGACAUGGCAACUUUUGCGAAAAGCAGCUUCAGCGCGGCUUCAUACGCGGCAUUUCGGCCGACGUAUCCUCACAGCCUUUACCAAACUGUGCUGUGCUAUCACCGGGGGGCAAAGAAUCGGCUUGUCGACCUUGGCUGUGGAACAGGUAUUGUGCCUCGAUAUCUCUCGAAGGAGUUCAAGCAGGUCAUUGGCACCGAUCCCUCUCCCGUGAUGAUUAAGAAGGCCCGCGAGUCGACCCUGGAAAGCGAAUAUCCAAACGUCGAUUAUCGACUCUCUUCCGCGGAGUCUCUCCCCUUUCUAGAAGACAAUAGCGUAGAUAUGGUCGUUGCAGCCCAAGCAGCGCACUGGUUUGACUACUCGAGACUUUUCCCUGAGCUGAAGCGAGUUUUACGUAAGGAAGGCACCGUGGCGUUCUGGGGCUAUAAGGACCACGUCUACAUCGGAUACCCUGAAGCCAGCAAGAUCAUGCUUCAAUAUUGCUACGGGAAAGAUCCGGAUCGGCAACUGGGGCCGUAUUGGGAGCCGGGACGUUCCAUCACCGUGGAAAAGCUCCGCCCGAUCAAACCACCGCAGGCAGACUUUGAUGACGUUCAACGUGUCGAGUACGAGCCCGAUUCCAGAGGCAAAGCUGCGGGGGAAGGCACGCUGUUCGUUGAGAAACAGAUGACGUUGGCUCAGAGCAUGGAAUACAUUCGCACGUUCAGCAGUUUCCACGAGUGGGCGAAGCAGCACCCGGAUAACAAGAAGCGGAGUGAAGGUGGCCAGGGGGAUCUGGUAGACUGGAUGUACGAUGAUAUGAAGAAAGCAGAAGGCUGGACAGAUGAGAACAUGAUGCUGGACAUCGAAUGGGGAAGCGCGCUCGUCAUGUGCCGAAAGGUGUGAUCAUUUCUACUUCACAGUAUGGCUCAUCUUGCCACCCGGUUAUUACAGGAACCGAUUUUGCAAUCCUCAUCAGCGGAUACACGAUGGAAGUGUGAUUGCAGUGACAGAUUCCGCAAGAAUUUUUGUUUUUAAGACUUUUUUUUUCAUCCGAGUCCUGCAUUAUGUAGCAUGAAAAGCUGGCCCGUGACGGCCAGCUUCAUUUAUUAAUUGUGUGCCUCCUGGUGGCAAAUAACAAGAGUCGGCCGUUCAAUCAUG